UUGUCGACCAUCAUGCACCGCUGUCUACUUGAGGGAGAUUACCAGCGCGCAUCAAGAGCAUGGGGCAUGAUCUUGAGGACUGAGGCUCACGGCACUCCUAUUGAGCCGCGAUACAAUGGCCUGUGGGGCUUGGGUGCUGAAUUGCUACUUCGUCGAAGAUCCGGGGAUGAACAAGACAGACCACUCAGCGACGAGUAUCAAUAUUCAGAAGACGGCUUCCAGCUUGCGAAAGAUUACUACGAGCGCCUGAUUCUUCAAUAUCCCGUACGCAACUUCCAACCCCAUGCAAUCGACGCCACCAUAUUCUACCCGCCCUUGUUCUCCGUUUGGAUCAUGCAAGUCCUCGAGAGAAGCAGACGUGAGCGUCGACGGCUCACGGACGACGAAGCCGCGACCUCGGAAGACCGGCAUAAGAUGCAACAGGAGGAAUUGGCUGGUGCGCGAGAGAUUUGUCGACGACUGGAAGAGCUCGUGCAAUCGCCACCAUACGACAAAAACGCACAAUUACUUGUUCUCAGGGGGCAUGCUGGCCUCUGGGUCAGUGACCUA